AUAAACAAAACAAACAAAAUGCUGCUUCAUAAUCCGAUCCCAGUCACUCCACUACCCCUGAAAAAGCCCACCCACCGCCGCAGCGCCGCCGUCUCCGCCGCGGCCAGCUUCUCAAUCUCCGAAGAGUCCCUCUCCUCACGCGGCUUCACCUUCCACCGCACCGUCGAGAACCUAAACCUCGACCACCUGAACUCCGUCUUCGCAGCGGUCGGGUUCCCCCGGCGCGACCCGGAAAAGAUCCGAAUAGCUCUGGAGCACACAGACGCGCUGCUGUGGGUGGAGUCCUCGAAAACGAGCCGGCCGGUGGCGUUUGCUAGGGCGACGGGCGACGGCGUGUUCAACGCGAUAAUAUGGGAUGUGGUGGUGGACCCCAAUUACCAGGGGAUUGGCCUCGGGAAGGCUGUGAUGGAACGAUUGGUCACCCAGCUGUUAGAGAAAGGGAUUAAUAAUAUCGCUUUGUAUUCGGAGCCCCGGGUUCUGGGCUUUUAUAGGCCGUUGGGUUUUGUUUCGGACCCGGAUGGUAUUAGAGGCAUGGUUUACUCCAGGAAGCAGAAAAAGAAAAAAUAAUUAUUAUAUUUUUUAUUUAAUUGUAUUAUUAUUGUUUGA